AUGCCCAGCGUAUUUAAGACAAUUGCAAGAGCUGUGGUCCAAGAGUUGGAUGCUGCAGGCGAUAUGAUUGAAGUCAGAAGCGUCCUUGAUGCUGACAAGUUUCAUUGUUUCUGUCUGGUGAUGGGGACAAAUACACGCCAUUUCUACAGAACAGACCUCACCCUGGAGGACAUAUUGGAGAGUGACGAGGGUGAAGGGCAGUGUGAUGAGCUGGAUUUUGGGCUUCCAGGUUCAAAGGCUGAGUUCCAAGCUUUGGAUGUGGUAGACUCAACAAGGGAGUCGACAGGGAAAUUGCCCAGGGGAAUUACAAUCGAAGGGGCCUCCCAAGAGUCCCACGAGCAUGACAUCACGAUGUUGAGGUCCACGAUAUCCCAGCAAUAUCUGGAUCCGCUCCAGGACAGGGAAGCCGAAGAAAAAAUUACUCACUUCGUUCUAUCAAUGCAGACAAGGGGAGAAGGCCUGUAUCUGGUGACAGAAACACUGGAAACAACAAAGAAGAAAGAAACCCUGACAAGUGAAUGGCAAUUUAAAUUUUGGAGCCUGCUGAAGUUUUUCAAUCUCAAAUAUGAACGCAAGCACCAGAGGGCAGUGACCAUCCCCCCAAAGCUGGUCCUGGGCUAUAGAGUGAAGCAGCUUGUCUUCCCCAACGUGGGAAGGAUGAGGAAGCAAGGUCUGCUGGGGGCAGGAAAAACAAAAUCCUUUCCAGAAGAGGAAGAUGGUGGUUCAUCUUGUUUAGGAAAGUCUUUGAACUUGGAGGAUUUAAGAAACAUGAAGGAGAAGGUGCAGGACACAGUGAGCGGUCUCCAGGAUCUGACUGAAGAGGAGCGAGAAGAUGUGCUAAGCUACCUCAUUAAGUGCCUCACCACAGACGAGGAGCUGAGGAUCUCACAAGUCCUGACCUCCGGUGAGCUGCAGAUGGAGGGCCCAGCAGGCCCUCUCCUGAGUAGCCUUUUUAAUGCUGGCAUCUUGGUUGAGGCACGCGCAGAAGCCAUUCUGGAGUUCCUGGAAGCCUUGAAGGAGCUGUCUGAGGAGAAGGAGCUUAUGGCUGAGACCCUAAAGAAGGGGACCCUGCCCCUGUUGAAGGACCAGGUGGAGUCUCUCCUGGAGCAGAACUGGGGUGAGCAGCCCUGUGAUGUGGGCUGUGACCUUGAGACUCUCUAUGCCCUCUAUGUUGCUAUCUCCAUCUUGCUGCAGCUGAGUGAGAAACCUGCCUCUGUGCCUUCCUGUUAG